UUUAAAUCCAUAUCUAGAGCAUUCAGGUAUAGUAACAAGCAAAUUAAUCUAUUUCCAAAUUUCUUCUAAUCUUCUUUUUGAUAUAUCCCCAAUUAUUGUUAUGGCUAUGAACAUUGAGUUGUCCUCUGAAACCAAACAAGAAGAAAUGCAGGUGGCAAUAAAGGUCGAUGAGGACGUUCAAGAAAAUGAGGUCCUUGAGGCCAAGACAAAAAUAGUAGAUCCAGUUGAACUCACAAAGCCCGCCUUAGAUUCGGCUUGUGAAAGUGGCACAAGCACCGCAGAGGCCCACGAAAAGUCUAGCAAUCGGAUAUUGAAAGCACCAGAGGAGGAUUCUACAAGAUCAAUAAGGAGUGAAGUGCAAACAUUAUUGUCUUUGUUGUUAACAGUCAUGGUGUUUAUCGCAGGAGGGGCAUAUGCAGCUCUUCUUAAUUUUCAUGAAGUUUUUCCUCACGUAGAGCAUGUCAAGAUUGUGAACCUUAGCAUCCUUGAGUUGUUGACAUUUCCAAGUGCUGCAGUAGAAGGUUUUCUUUUCCUUAGUGCGGCCACAAUCACAUUCAUAUCAAGCAUGUUGGUGAUUUUGUCUGCCUUGUGCCUGAUCUGUGGGAAAUGGGCAUGGGGCCCUUCAUUGGCAACCUUAAUCUUGUUUGUAAUAGCGGCAAUGUUUCUUAGUUUUUUUGCUAUGCUGAAUAAGCUUGUUCCGCACUUCAUCACAGUAGGCAGAGGCCAUGCCAAAGUUCCCGGAGUUAUAAUUGUUAUAUUCUACAGUAUGUACGUGAUGAUUCUUAUACCUAUAUUGGUAGUUAUUGUUCAAAGGGUAAUUUAUGGAAUUCGUACAUGUAAGAUAGUGAAGUUUGUGAUGCAGACUGAGAAUUCAGAACAAAGACAUGACGGGGCUGUGGAAAAGAAUGGCUAGGCUCAUAAAAGGAAGGAGAUGCAGAGAGUUUGUGAUGGCAGUUCUAACCUAUGUUGCUCGGACUCUCCAAAAAUGUAGCCGCACCCGUGUCGGAUCCUUCAAAAAUGCACUACUUUUGGAGGAUCCGACACGCACCCGUGUCCAUUUAUUUAGAAUUUGUAGAAAUUUGUAAAUAAAAAAAAGUAAUAAAUACAAAAAAUAGAAAUAAUAAGGAAGAGUCGGAUUUUUUCAGGGAAUGAUUGGUCCGUCAGAAAAGGAAAAAGGUGUGAAAUUCGCUUUCUUUCACUUGAAGAGUCCGAGUAACAUAGGUUCUAACUGCACUGAUCUAUUUUAUCUGGAGGGUGAGGAAUGAAGCACUAUAGGAAGGAAGAAUACUGAUGCCAGGGAAGCUGAUUGAAGCUGUUAAGGAGGAGUGUAAGCUAAAAACUCAAGAAAUUUUGCAUAGGAGAAUAAAUGGCCAGGAAAGACAUGGAUAAAAAAAUUGUACAGGGGGACUAAUACACAAAGAACUUAGCAUAGAUGGAGAAGGGGAAUAGAUAGAGAUGAGUGAUAAACAGAGUAGACUUUGAAUUAUUUCUUUUCUUAUGUGAACUGCUGUUUGUACUGGGUACUUGAUGGAAGAGCAAUAAAUAUUUCUUGUUUACCAAAAAAAUAA